ACGUUUGUCGGUCGAAGACACGAAGGAAACUUUAUUGUCAAAUACAGUUCCAAAAACAAGGCAUAAUAUUUCUUAUUAGCUGCUUUGGCAAUUAUCUCAGUCUCCAUGGUUAUCUGUAACGUCAAACAUGUUUGUGUAUUAUUUACAUCAGUUGUUUUAUCGUGUGCCACGUACCAUGCCAUACGGAAAGACAUUAUUUCACACCCGAACUGGAAUCUGCUAGAUCGAGGGGGUGAUUGUGGGAGAAAUGUAGCUUAUAGGAUCAUAGGAGGGAAGAAUGCCAGGUUAGGGCAGUAUCCGUGGAUCGCUCGUCUCUUGUAUGAAGAUGAACUGGAUGAGAACAAUACGGUCGACACAUACGAGUGUGGUGGAACCAUAAUUAAUUCUAUGUACAUUCUAACCGCAGCCCACUGUAGUCCGGACAUCGUUCUGCUCCAACUGGCAGAAGUUCGACUGGGAGAAUACAUCACUACCACUGAUCCUGAUUGUGUUGACGGAGUUUGUGCUCCGCCUGUACAAGACAUUGUUGUGGACGAGUACAUAUGCCAUGAGGACUUCGACUCGAAGACCUACCAUAACGACAUAUGCCUUCUACGGCUGGCCAAACCGAUCGAGUUUAACCAUUACGUAUCACCCAUCUGCCUACCAGUGUAUGACACUUUUCUAAAGCAGUCUUUUGAAUCAAGUGUUAUGGAAGUUGCGGGUUGGGGCAUCACAGAUAUAGCGACUGGAAAGGCCAGCACUGUCCUGCUGACACUCAAUGUGCCCAUCAAGACACAGUUCAUUUGCGAGUUAGCGUACAGUGGCAGGUCCGAGAUCAUCGACAGGCAGAUGUGUGCUGGAGGGGUCGUCGGCCAGGAUUCGUGCUCGGGAGACUCAGGAGGCCCCCUCAUGGCUCCCUUCUCCAUGGACGCUCCCCCGAGAUACUUUAUCAUCGGUAUCGUCUCUUUCGGUCCGAUGAAAUGUGCAAACACCAACACUCCCGGCGUUUACACCAAGGUUUCUGAAUACAUGACGUGGAUCUUGGACAACAUUAAGGAAUGAAAUUACUGCCGAAAAGCCAAUAUGUUUGUUAAAAUACAAAGUUAUUAACACUCCGGUUUAUGCUUUUCAAAUAGGUGAAGUUUUUUAAUUUUACCUAACUAUAGUUAAAAGUGAUGGAGGAAACUAGCACACAAUUAGUUUAGGAGCUGGCUAUAGUGAAACGACCCUGUUUCACCUCCUCCUCCCGCCCCUCCCAAAAAAAAAAAAAACAGUUUAAAAUAUGUAACACUUUUAAUCGAUCUAUGUUAUUUGUAGAGUUAAGGAAAUUUCUCGUGAAGAACACUACACUUGCUAUUCAUAGUCCUACGACAACAAUACGUGCGCUCUUGUGUAUAAGAUUUAAGCUUUUAAACAGCCUAAAUUAAGGUAGCCGUCUGUACGGCUAGUUAUUAAAUGUUAACACCUUCAAAACUUACAUUUAAUUACAUUAGAAACUGAUAAACUAGUGUUAUAAUUGCAUUUCAGACUGUCAUCCUCUUUAACAAAUACAUUCUGCUAAAGCAAAUAUCCUGCUUUGUUAUUUUAGUUCAUUGUUAGUGAUUUGAAAUUAAUUACAGUUAUACAAAUAUUAUUAUAAUAUGGGUAUUUGUUCAAAAUCUGUACAUAGCUGAGUCAAGAAUUUGUAUUUACUGUUGGAAAAAGUAUGAAACAUUAAACUUAUUAAAAGUAA